UCUAAUUGAACAGAACAAGUUCGUAGUUUCCUCCGAAAAACAGAGAGCGAGAUUCUCAACGAACUAACAUAACCAACAACAAAUUCAGGCAACCCCUUUUUUGUCUUCCUAGGAAUCUCCUCCCACACUGCAACAAACCCGUAUGCUAUAAAAAGAAAGACAGAACCUACGAUCAUGAUUUAAUCACAAUUGGAUUCCUCUAAGUCCCAUUUUCAUUCUCUUCUUCUGUUCUGUGAUCUGUAGCAGUCAUGGCAACUAAAGGGAACACCGGGGAACUGAAAACCAUGAGCUCGGUGUCUAUUUUUAUAGUGGUUGGUUUAUGCUGUUUCUUCUUUAUAUUGGGUGCGUGGCAGCGAAGUGGUUUUGGCAAGGGUGACAGGAUAGCCUCAGAAAUCACCAGACAAACUGAUUGCAGCAUCCUUUCCAAUCUUAAUUAUGAGACUCAUCAUGGUGGUGAUACUGCGACAAUUGAUGGUUCAGACUCAGCAGCCAAAGAUUUCCAGCCUUGUGAUGAUAAGUAUGUUGAUUACACACCUUGUCAAGAUCAAAUGAGAGCAAUGAUGUUUCCGCGAGAAAAUAUGAACUAUAGGGAACGGCAUUGCCCUCCUGAAGAGGAGAAACUGCAUUGCCUUGUUCCAGCACCUAAAGGAUAUGCAACCCCAUUUCCAUGGCCAAAGAGUAGAGACUAUGUGCCCUAUGCAAAUGCUCCUUAUAAGAGCUUGACAGUUGAGAAGGCUGUACAGAACUGGAUUCAAUAUGAGGGAAAUGUCUUUAGGUUCCCAGGUGGAGGAACACAGUUUCCUCAAGGAGCAGAUACAUAUAUUAACGAACUUGCAUCUGUGAUCCCAUUAGACAAUGGGAUGGUCAGAACUGCAUUAGAUACUGGAUGUGGGGUUGCAAGUCUGGGUGCAUAUCUAUUCAAAAAGAACGUUAUAACAAUGUCCUUUGCACCAAGAGACUCUCAUGAAGCGCAAGUUCAAUUUGCUUUGGAAAGAGGUGUGCCGGCUGUUAUUGGAGUUCUGGGAACUAUAAUGAUGCCAUAUCCUUCAAGGGCCUUUGACAUGGCUCACUGUUCUCGUUGUUUGAUUCCAUGGGGUGCAAAUGAUGGAAUUUACAUGAUGGAAGUUGAUCGAGUUCUUAGACCUGGUGGUUACUGGGUGCUUUCUGGUCCUCCCAUCAACUGGAGGAAUAAUUACCAAUCAUGGCAGCGCCCUAAAGAGGAAUUGGAGGAGGAACAAAGGAAGAUUGAAGAGAUUGCAAAGCUCCUUUGCUGGGAAAAGAAGCAUGAGAUGGGUGAGAUUGCUGUCUGGAGGAAAAGAACAAAUUAUGAUUUAUGUCGCCAGCAAGAUGCCAAACUUACUGCAUGUGAAAUGAGAAAUCCAGAUGAUGUCUGGUACAAGAAAACAGAAGCAUGUGCAACUCCUUAUCCUGAGACAAGUGGGCCAGAUGAAGUUGCUGGUGGAGAAUGGAAGCAAUUUCCUGAGAGACUUAAUGCUGUCCCUUUCAGAAUAUCUAGCGGAUCCAUCCCUGGAGUAUCUGUUGAGACAUAUCAGGAGGAUGUGCGGUUAUGGAAGAAACAUGUUAAUGCUUAUAAGAGGAUUAACAGUAUCAUUGACUCAGGGAGGUAUCGCAACAUCAUGGACAUGAAUGCUGGUCUAGGAAGUUUUGCUGCUGCCCUUGAAUCUCCAAAAUUGUGGGUUAUGAAUGUUAUGCCAACAAUAGCUGAGAAAGAUACACUGGGUAUUAUUUAUGAACGUGGAUUGAUUGGCAUAUAUCAUGACUGGUGUGAAGCUUUCUCCACAUAUCCUAGGACAUAUGACCUCAUUCAUGCGAAGAGUAUUUUCAGAUUGUAUAAGAAUAAAUGUAAUGUUGAGGACAUUCUUCUGGAGAUGGAUAGAAUUUUACGGCCUGAAGGGACAGUCAUUAUCCGUGAUCAAGUGGAUGAGCUAAUGAAGGUAAAGAAAAUUGUGGGAGGAAUGAGAUGGAAUACACGAAUGGUGGAUCAUGAGGAUGGUCCUCUUGUCUCAGAAAAGAUACUAUUUGCAGUCAAAAGGUAUUGGGUUGCUGGCGAAAGUAAUACGACAUCCAUGGAGUGAGCGGAUUAGUAAAUUGAGGAAGCUCUAGAUUGAUCUUAUUUGAAAUACAAUUGUUUCUAGUUAACCCAAGAAACUGAUGGCCAUGCAUCUCAGCAAGUGACAGGCGGGUUGUGAUCCAGCAUCAGUAUCUGACCAUUGAUUAGCCUAUUUUCUUCUCAUAAUAGAAAAAGAGUUUUAGAUUGGGCCACCCUCUUUCAGAAAACUUCAUAGCAUGAUUCUCAUUUUCUUUUUUUUACUUAUGUUUUCUCUGGUCAAAUAGUAUAUCUUUUCUCUAUGUACUCAAUUCAGGCUUAUCUGAAUGUGGACUGUAAACCAAUUUUGAGGUUUUCCUCAUUCCAAUUUUUUCCCUUCAUAUAUUUUUCAUAUAUCUUGACUGCUUUUGGUCAAUUCCUUGUAACACUUUGCUAUUAUCAUUAAAGGGGCAAGUUGUCAGAAUGUGCUC